UUACUUAAUACAUGAAUAGCCCUAACGUGAUUUUACCUCGCUCUCUUACCAAUAGUGAUUUUUUUAAGUCACAGCUAUAGGAUAUUACCCGAGUUUCGAAAACGAUUUCCACCAGGCAGAUAUGUUUUUAGAAGAACUUUUCUCAUCGUAAGGAAUGGGAUUUUGAAGUCACGGAUAUUACAUGUCGGAAUAUUCCGAGUUCACAUUUUGUAUUUUUUUUAACGCAGCAUAAGCACGAUUAGUGCAGAUUCGCGUGCACGCCAUAAAUCAGACCGCGCUAAGAUGGCUGCCUCCAAUGCUGUACUGUCAAUGUCUAAAAUAAUCAAACCCAUCUGGGGUGGACGGUUGGCAACAUCGGCAAAAGUACUUCCGCAGGUUUUUGGAGCCACGGUGAGCAGUGUCAGGGAGAAGUCCACUGUGGGACGAAUAAUUCCUCCACCUGCAAAGUAUGGCGGUAGGCACACGGUCACCUUGAUACCUGGAGACGGUAUUGGGCCAGAACUGCUCAAUCACGUCAGGGAGCUCUUCAGGUUCAGCUGUGUGCCAGUGGACUUUGAGGUGGUCAAUGUCUGCUCAUCUACCGAGGACGACAUCAACAACGCCAUCACUGCCAUCCGCCGUAACGGAGUGGCCCUCAAGGGAAACAUUGAGACCCUUCACACUCUGCCUGCCUCCCACAAAUCCAGGAACAACCUCCUCCGCACCAGUUUGGACCUCUAUGCCAACGUGAUGCACUGCAAGUCCCUCCCAGGUGUCCAGACCCGACACAACAACAUCGACAUCAUGAUCAUCCGGGAGAACACCGAGGGAGAAUACAGCAGUCUGGAGCACGAGAGUGUCACCGGGGUGGUGGAGUGUCUGAAGAUCAUUACCCGGACGAACUCCCUGAGAAUUGCUGAGUAUGCCUUUAAACUGGCCCGGGAGAAAGGUCGGAAGAGGGUAACGGCAGUCCACAAGGCCAAUAUCAUGAAGCUAGGAGAUGGUCUGUUCCUGCAGUGCUGUAGAGAGGUGGCUGCUGGGUAUCCUGACAUCGCCUUCGAUGCCAUGAUCGUGGAUAACACCACCAUGCAGCUGGUGUCCAAGCCCCAGCAGUUUGAUGUGAUGGUGAUGCCGAACCUUUAUGGCAACGUGGUCAGCAACGUGUGUGCCGGCCUGGUGGGGGGGCCAGGGCUGGUCCCCGGGGCGAACUAUGGCCACGACUAUGCCGUCUUCGAAACGGCCACCAGGAACACAGGGAAGAGCAUUGCUGACAGGAACAUUGCUAACCCCACUGCAAUGCUGCUGGCAAGCUGCAUGAUGCUGGACCACCUGAAGCUCUAUGAUUAUGCCACCAUGAUCCGGAAUGCAGUCCUUACAACCAUGAACGAGACUCGGUUGCACACAGCUGACAUCGGCGGGCAGGGGACCACAUCUGAAGUGGUCCAGGCUAUUAUGAGGAACAUCCAGAGCAAGGGCCCUCUCACCAGCGAGCUCUAAACACAGGCACACACACAUUUAUUAGGGAUACUGAGUGAUUUACAAACACACUCCUUUCAGAACAGCUGUAUAGUUUAUGUUGUGUCCUCUGCAUGUCUAAUUCAUUCAUUCCUGUGUCAUUCAAUUCUUAAGUUAUUUUCCUUUGGCGUUUCAUAGCCAUUUCCUGGCUUCUUCAUGGAGAGUAACGUUUCAGCAUAAACAAACUAGGGGCCCAGUCUGUAAUGACAUGCUGUAGUGAAGUGAAAGGCCAUUGUUUCGUGUCAGAUGGCGAGUGGUGCAGAAGAGCACAUGAUUGAUCCAUCUCCACAUGAAAAGAUCGUACUCCGAUUGCUUUAAGGCAAAUGUUUCUUAGCUACUUGGGUUCAUUGCGGUCUUUAGUGAAACUUGAAAAGGUUGCAUUCUUUCCACUACUCUUAAAAUGUUCUCACAGGAGAAAGAUAUAGUGUAAAUUGUUGUUUCUCAUAGGACUGCAGUCUUGAAUAUUAUGAACUGUUUUAUGUUCUUGUCACAGUCUGGGGCUUAGGUCUCUGUUUUCUGGCUUGGUCUCAGUCUCUGUCAGCUUCCCACUCAUACCAAAGUCCUGAUUCACCAGUAUUUUGUUUUUGUUCUUUGGUGGUCUUUAAAAAAACAAACAUAGAAAGUACUCUUUUGGGGUUUAUCUUGUUCUAACUUAUAUUUUUACCUGUUUCCCACUGUCUGUGUCUUCAAGAACAACAAUGUAACAUGUUGAUAUAUUCUGUCAUACAUACUGUAUUUCUCUUGAAACAGCUGUGGAACUGCGGUGCAUAUACUUGUGUUGUAUUCUAAAGCAACCUAUGUGGUUGUGCCAAAAGUCUCUAAUAUGGUAAAAAUCUAAAGUUAAAAAAA